AUGGUAUUUAGUAGCAGGUUCAAAUGGCCUCACAAGCAAAAUAGCCCAAUUCUUGGAGACACUCUGAUUAGUACACAUACCACCGAUAUCCACGACAACAUCGUCAUAUUUCAAUCUCAAAAAUUGUCACCUCUGUCAUCACAUGCAUCUCUAAUGAGAGUUUUCGAUAAAGAACCAUUCUUGUGCCUUUUGUUCUUAUCAUCUCUUCCUUGUGCCCCAGCCAGUAAUGCUAGUUCUACUCAGAAGCUCGAGGUUGAGCAGAUUUUGAAGAAUUUGAAUAAACCAGCUGUUAAAUCUAUUCAGAGUCCUGAUGGAGAUAUAAUCGAUUGUGUUGAUAUUUUAAAACAACCAGCUUUUGAUCACCCAAAGCUUAAAAAUCACAAAAUUCGGAUGAGGCCAAGUUCUUACCCAGAAGGGACGAUAAUGGAAGAAAGUAAUAAUGUGUCUUCAAAAUCAGCACCAAUUCCUCAACUAUGGCACCAAAAUGGAACUUGUCCAGGGGGAACCAUUCCUAUAAGAAGGACAAGAGAAGAAGACAUAUUGAGAGCAAGUUCUGUGCAACAAUUUGGAAAGAAGAAUCCCAAGAACAUCCCUCCAACAGCACCGAACGUUGGCCAUGAGUAUGCCAUAGCUUUUACGAGAGGUGAUAGAUAUUAUGGUGCGAGCGCAACCAUGAACGUUUGGAAGCCUAAUGUUCAACAAAACGAUGAAUUUAGUAUCUCUCAAAUGUGGGUCGUAAAUAAUGAUGAUAGUCAAAAUCUCAACACUAUUGAAGCCGGUUGGAUGGUGAGUCCAGAACUGUUUGGAGAUUAUCGCACCAGACUAUUCACAUAUUGGACUACUGAUUCAUAUAGAGAUACUGGAUGCUAUAAUCUCCUAUGCUCUGGCUUUGUUCAACUCAAUGCCGGAGUAGCUGUAGGAUCCACAAUCUGGCCAUUAUCUUCCUAUGGGAAUGCUAAAUCCCAAUAUGAAAUCAAGAUCCUCAUAUGGAAGGAUAAACUCAAUGGAGACUGGUGGAUGCAAUAUGGAGCGGACAAAGUUAUGGGAUAUUGGCCUUCAUCCAUAUUCACACACCUCUCUGAUGGUGCAUCAUUGAUGGAGUGGGGAGGUGAAAUAAUAAACUCAGAAUCUAAUGGACAACACACAAGAACACAAAUGGGAAGUGGGCAUUUUCCUAGAGAAGGAUAUGGCAAAGCAAGCUAUUUCAACAACAUCAAAAUUGUUGAUGGCAAAAAUCAAUUGGUGCGUCCUACUAACAUUACGCCUUACUCUGAUAAUUCCAACUGUUAUUCUAUCCAAACCGGCUCUUCUCGUCGAUUGGGCACUUUCUUCUAUUAUGGCGGUCCUGGCAGAAACCCUAGUUGCCCUUAA